AUGAGCGGACAAGCUGCCAGCUACUACGACCCCAAUCAGGGCUUCGACCCGCAGGGCAAGCCGAACGGCUACCAACAGGACUACCAACAGGGCUACAAGCAGGAUGGCUACCAGCAGAACUACCAGCAAGCCAACUACCCACAGCCCAAUUACCAGCAAACACCCGAGUUCAAACCACCACCGCAGCAGCAAAAGCAGCAGCCUCCCUACCCCGAUGAUCCCCCGCCCUACAGCACCUUCGACGAUGCGUUCAAAAUCGAAAAGCCCAAGUACAACGAUCUCUGGGCGGGUCUUCUGCUCAUCGCCGUGUUCUUGGGCUACGUCGCGGUCUCCGGUCUGACGAUCCACAAGUAUGCGACAAACAAAGGCUUCAGCGGCGGCGGCAUCUACGAUGCGGCAAAUGACUUCUCACUCAACACCAACACCCUCGUCCUCUUCAUUUUUGUUCUGGUCGUCGCGCUGGUCCUCUCCUGGGCCUAUUUUAUGGGCGCCAGGUACUUUACCAAGACCUUUAUCUGGGUCACCGGCAUCUUGAACAUUGUCUUUGCUCUCGCCACGGGUAUUUAUUACAUCGCGCGCAAGCAGUAUGGCGGCGGGAUUGUGUUCCUGCUUUUCGGCGUCUUCGCGAUUAUCUGCUUCAUCAGCUGGAUCCCGCGGAUUCCGUUCACGGCGUUUAUGCUGCAGACGACGAUGGAUGUGGCCCGUGGCUACGGACAUGUUUUUCUCGUGAGUGCGCUGGGCGGGAUCGUGACCGUCGCCUUUUCAGCCUGGUUCUCAGUUACCCUCGUUGCGAUCUAUGUCGCCUACGAGCCUAAUUCGACGGGGACGAACCCAUCCUGUGCGAACGGCGGGUGCAGCACGGCAAAGGUCAUUGGACUGGUGGUGUAUGUCACCUUUGCCAUGUACUGGUUCAGCGAGUGGAUCAAGAACACCGUCCACACGACCAUCGCCGGUGUCUAUGGCGCGUGGUAUUUCUGGAGCAAGUCGGCCGGCGGCAUGCCCAAGGGCUCGACGCGGGGCGCGUUCCGACGGGCCACCACCUACUCCUUCGGAAGUAUCAGUCUGGGCAGUCUGAUCAUCGCCUUCAUUCAGAUGCUCCGGCAAGCAUGCUCCGUCGCACAGCGCCACGAAGCCGCCGAGGGAAACCUUGUCGGCAGCAUCUUCAUCUGGAUCCUGGGUUGCUUCAUCUCCCUCCUUGACUGGCUGGUGACGAUCUUCAACCGCUACGCAUUCUGUCACAUCGCGCUGUACGGCAAGGCUUACAUCCCCGCCGCGAAGGAUACAUGGCAGAUGAUGCGGGACCGGGGCAUCGACGCGCUGGUGCAGGAAUGCCUGAUUGGGCCGGUGCUGACGAUGGGCUCGAUGUUCGUGGCGUAUGUCUCGGCUCUGCUGGCCUAUCUCUACCUGCAGUUCACGAAGCCUGCGUAUAACAACGGGGGCGAUUUUACUGCGGUGAUUAUGGCCUUUGCUUUUGUCAUUGGGCUACAGGUCUGCCAGGUUUUCAUGACGCCGAUUGGCAGUGGCGUGGAGACGAUUUUUGUUGCUAUGGGGUGGGAUCCGCAGGUCAUGAUUAAUGAUCAUCCGGAUAUCUACUACAAGCUUGUGCAGUUGUAUCCUCGUGUACAGCAGGCGAUUCAUGCGUAA